GGUCCAAACUUACCCUCCCACUCUAUAUCUAUAUUCUUAACAGCACAUACACACUAUCAUCACACUGACAACACAAAUACCUGUGAGCUUAAACCCAUUUCCUAUCUCUUACCUUAACUCUGGCGAGUUCAUUUUUCGUAAACUCAUACUCGGCCCCGGGGCUCUGGUCUUGCUCAUUUUAAGACGUACAUUUUAUCAAGCUCUCGCUCUUUUCAGCUAGUGUUAAUAAAUAUAUGUAUAUAUGUAUAUGUAUAUACAUAUAAAUAUGUUGUUGUACGGUGGGACGUAUGUACGAAUGGGAAAAUACCCAGUCGAGGAGGUGCGAAUCCACUUUCAGUGACCGGCCAGCUAAUCGGACAGAUCUCCUCGAUCGUUUCGUGUCUGACAUCUACUUUAUUUUUUUUACGCUUAUUUUUUACCGCGAAUUGUAAAACCGAAUGACGCGAUGAUUGAUCAGGGUGAUGACAUUUAAGUGGAUUUUUAUUUUUUAAUUUUUACCGGGAAAAUUUUAUAUUUUUUUGAAUUUAAAUUUGUGAAUUUAAAUAGUGAAUUUCCAAAAUUGUGCAAUGGGAUUUAUUAUGAUUAUGAUUAUAAUUAAUUAAUGUGGCUUUAAGUGACGUGCAAUUGCGUAAGAAAGUGUUCGUAUUCAGACACAGGAUUUAAAAAUUAAUAAAUAAAUAAAUUGAUGUAGUCAGUAAUUGGGACUGAAGUUAAAAAAAGUCAGCAAGACGCCACAGAUAAGAGUACCGAGUUGUGUAGAAGCCGCCGAAGAGAGUAGUGGUGGUGGUGGCGGUGAAGAAGACGUAUCAUUAAACGUAAGUGAUAACAAAGUAAAUCCUGGUGAGAAGCCGGGUCCUUAUGUCACUACUGCAGCCUCCGCGGUAGAGACAACGGCCGCGGAACAAGUAACUGUUGAGGUCGACGAGGUCAAGAUGGAAGAAGAGGACCACCUAGCAAGGGAAUACGUCCAGGAAUUUGUUCUCGAUCAUCUCGAUCCCGCCGACGUUAAGCGCGAGGUACGACUAAGCUCACCGGCGAUGAUGGUGAACGGUAACAUCGCGGGCCAGAUCGCGGGUCUGGCGUUAGCUCCAUUGACUCCCCCGGCCCAUGAGCUAGAGCAGCCGCAUCCUUUGUACGGUCAGCCGCACAUACAAGUGCAGCACGGAGUCCUGGUUAAAGCACCCCCGGGAGUUGCCACUCACUUGACUACUCUGUCCCAUCCGGGAACGCCGCCGGACACUCCGCCAGUCUCGGCCUCGCCGCCUCCGCUCCAGCAGCAUCAUCGCAAUGACCGCGAUCUGCGUAACGAGAAGACCGGGUUUCUGUUGAAUCUUCAGCAGCAACAGCAUCAGCAGAUACCCCAGGAUGCGGACAUGCACCAGAUGAAUGGCGGAAUGGGAUGGCUGACCCAGUCCUUGAGACAAGAACCUUUGGACUUGAGGCCCCAUUGCCCUCAAGAACAAACUCCUGAACCACCUCCGGAAAGUUGGUCUUCCGGUCAUCAUCAUUUUCAAGAGUUGCAACACUUACCCAGGCAUAUCAGACAUGGAGCUCCAUAUAUCACGAUGUCAGACUGCUAUGGUCCAGGAUCAGGACCAGGAAAUGGAAUUUUACCUCCAAGCAGUGGAAUUCUUAACGGAAUGGACGACAGCAUGCACACGAUGUCAAUGCAACCAGGACGACCACUGAGUGUAUGCUCAGCAAAUUCUUGUGGUCCCGGCGGUCACAGUCCCGUCCAUCGUUCCAGCGGUCACUAUUUGAACUGCAACAGCAGCAGCUCUCAAGAUGACCUGAUGAAUGACGAGGUCCUGAUGUCGCUGUCCGUUCGCGAACUCAAUAAGCGACUGCACGGCUGCCCAAGGGAGGAGGUGAGUAAGAUCGUGCGACUGAAGCAGAAGCGACGGACGCUUAAGAAUCGCGGGUACGCGCAAAAUUGCCGAAGCAAACGACUGCAGCAGCGACAUGACUUGGAAACGACCAAUAGCACUUUGAAGAUCGAGUUGCAGGAAAUAAAAAUAAAAAAUGCCCAACUGACCCAAGAACGCGACAUGUAUAAGCAGCGGUACGAAAUUUUGCGCGCGAGGUGCAGUCAAAAUCACGGUAACCAUGGGACUCAUGGUACUCAUGGUAGCCAUGGUAAUCAUCAUCAGACGACGCCCCAGUCACAGACCACCGGACAAAUGUCGAACCAACAUCAGCACCAGGGGCCAGGACACCAUCAACAUCAACCAGCACCUGGAAGUCCUGAAGUUUAUCUGUGACAUCGGCGACGCGCCGGCGCCUGUUGGACUUAGGGUAAUUAAUAUUAAUUAUUAAUCAUUUAUUUUAUAGAUAAGUUUAUAAAGUGAUGUGAGCUAUAGAACUCUUGUGGAUUAAGUGCAAUCGAUUGAUUUUCAUUUCCUUUUUUUUAUAUAUAAAUAUAUGAAUAUAAAUAUAUUUAGCAAUAGGAUUUAAUUGGUGCGUUUAUAAUUGAAUUAUUUUUUUUUAAUAGUGAUUAAGUUUAAUUACUAUGGAAUAAUGAGGGGAUAGAUGAGCAGGGGCAAAAUGAGCAGGUCUAAUUUUGGUUAAAAAAAAAAAUUUGAAAAAAUGCGCGAAUUAAUAAAUUUUUUGAAAAAAAAUUUAUUGUGAUCGCAGUCUAAGUAAAAAAAAAAGUGAAAUUUGAAAA